AUGGCAGAGCGGCAACAGCAGAAAAACGAAGGCAGGGUAAAAAUUGGCCAUUAUAUCCUCGGCGACACGCUCGGAGUGGGAACAUUCGGGAAAGUGAAGAUUGGCGAGCAUCAGUUGACAGGCCAUAAAGUGGCUGUAAAGAUCCUGAACAGACAGAAGAUCCGCAGUCUCGAUGUUGUUGGGAAGAUCAAACGAGAGAUCCAGAACCUCAAACUGUUCAGACACCCACAUAUUAUCAAGCUGUACCAGGUGAUUAGUACACCCACAGAUUUCUUCAUGGUCAUGGAGUAUGUGUCUGGAGGUGAGCUGUUUGACUACAUCUGCAAACAUGGACGGGUGGAAGACACAGAAGCUCGCCGUCUUUUCCAGCAGAUUAUUUCAGCCGUGGACUACUGCCACAGGCACAUGGUGGUCCACAGAGACCUCAAACCUGAGAACGUCCUGCUGGAUGCCAGCAAGAACGCCAAGAUAGCCGACUUCGGUCUGUCGAACAUGAUGUCAGAUGGAGAGUUUCUACGGACGAGCUGUGGCUCACCCAACUAUGCCGCUCCAGAGGUCAUCUCAGGAAGGCUCUAUGCGGGCCCAGAGGUGGACAUCUGGAGCUGUGGCGUGAUCCUGUACGCCCUGCUGUGCGGCACUCUGCCCUUUGAUGACGAGCACGUCCCCACGCUGUUUAAGAAGAUCAGAGGAGGCGUCUUCUACAUGCCAGAGUACCUGCCUCGCUCGGUGGCCUCGCUGCUCAUGCUCAUGUUGCAGGUGGACCCUCUGAAGAGAGCCACCAUCAAAGACAUCAGGGAAGAUGAGUGGUUUAAGCAGGACCUUCCAGGCUACCUGUUCCCUGAGGACCCGUCCUACGAUGCUUCGGUCCUGGACGAGGAGGCCGUCAAGGAAGUGUGUGAGAAGUUUGAAUGCACUGAGUCGGAGGUUGUGUCCAGCCUUUACAGCGGGGAUCCACAGGAUCAGCUGGCAGUAGCCUAUCACCUCAUAAUAGACAACCGGCGCAUCAUGACCCAGGCCAGCGAGUUCUACCUGGCCUCCAGUCCUCCCCAGGGCUCCUUCAUAGAAGAGGGCAUGCCGCUGCCCCCCGGGGUUAAACCCCACCCAGAGAGGAUGCCUCCGCUCAUGGCUGACAGCCCCAAGUCUCGUUGUCCUCUGGAUGCUCUCAACACCACCCGGCCCAAACCGCUGGCAGUGAAGAAGGCCAAGUGGCACCUGGGUAUCAGGAGUCAGAGCAGACCCUAUGACAUCAUGGCUGAAGUGUACAGGGCUAUGAGACAACUUAGCUUUGACUGGAAGGUGGUGAACCCGUAUCACCUUCGAGUGCGGAGGAAGAAUCCGGUGACGGGAACCUUGGUGAAAAUGAGCCUACAGCUGUACCAGGUGGACAGCAGAUCCUACCUCCUCGACUUCAAGAGCAUCGAUGAUGACAUCAUGGAGGCGGUGGGCUUUAAAUCGGGGUCGUCCACUCCCCAGAGGUCGGGCUCCACAGCCGGUCUCCACAGACCCAGGCUGAGCAUCGACUCGGCCAGCCCGGCGUUUGAUCUGCCCCAGCUCAGUUCCUCCCUCCCAGGCUCCCUGUCCGGUAGCUCCCCUCUACUCUCCCCCCACCAGGGAUCACACACCAUGGACUUCUUCGAAAUGUGCGCCAGUCUGAUCACCACACUGGCGCGCUGAGACCCGUCCACUCCUGACCUCGCUGUAACCUGGAUGUCAGUGGGGGUUUCUAGGCUGUUCUGAGAUGUAGGGAGCAUAGAUGUCUGGAGCAACUUCCUCUCUCUGUCUCCUCUCCAUCGCUGUUCCAGUUGUAUUGGACUGUAAGGCUCAGCUCAGAUUAAGGAGACAUAGAGAGGAAUCCUGUUUUGUUCUGUUUAGAAAGGCCAGAUUUAUAGCUUUUUUUCUUUUCUUUUUUUGACACAGUCUUUGGGUCAGAAUUUGGAGUUCAAACUGAUCCUGGGACUGGAUUCUGUGAACUAGUAAAGGCCAGCAAAGGAGCGGCAGCAGGUCACAGCUCUCAGUCACUCCUCACACAAAUAUCUUCAGUCUAUUAUCAACUGCUGAAAUGUCAUCACCCACCAUAACACUUAAUGAUGGGAAAUCCUGCUGAGUUUGCCCCAGACGCUGAUCGGAGGUCAGUUUUGCUUCUUGUCUUAUAUUUUUAACAAGGCGCUGGUUGUUAAAAUUGACAUUAAAUCUGUGUUCUGAGCGAUCAAAUUUAAUUUCAGGUUUUAUAUGAUAUGGUUUGUAAAGAAAUGGCUUUUGUUAUCCAUGUAUAUUAUAUUUAUACAACAAUCAUAUUGCGUAGCUGAAAAGGUUGACUAAGGUAUACCAAAUAACACUUUAUGCACCAUAAAAGGUGAUUAUUAUUUAGAUAUCAGAGCCAUAUUUAUUUUUGAGAGAUUGUUUUUUUAGGCACUGUAGUUGUAUUAUUUAAGCACUGCAUCGAUGUAGAGAUUUAUCCUGAUUUUGAAUAGAUUGUUGAAGAUUAAUGAACCCAGAGAGGCAGUAGGGUCAUAAUACUCUGCAUUGUUCUGCAUUUAGCGUUAAAGCACAGAUAUACAACGUCUCACAGGAGUUUUUUCCGCCUUGAUGUAUUUCAAAGAUGCCGUGUACAUAUAUCUGCCAAUUCUUUUCCCACACAACCAGCAUUUUAUACCUUCAAUAACUGUCAGAAAUAUGCAACACACACAAAUCUCCAGACUUCAGUUUAAUCCUUAACAAACGACAAGUUGAGCAACUGUUAAAAUGCUGCUCGCUCAUGCAUGUACAGAGUGUAAUUUAAAGGCAAGCAGGCCCGUGAUAUCAGGAGGACACACGUGGCAGUCAGUCACAUACGCAGUAAGCUGAAAAGUUUUUUUUUUUUUUGCCUUAAGCCUUUAGAAAUGAGAAAAAUGUCUGU